ACUUCCUCUCUCAUCACAAUCAUUAUAUAUUAUCUUCUUCUCUCAAAUUAUCUCUCUCUAUCCAUUUUUCCAUCUUUGUUGCUUCAUCAACUGUUUGAAUGAUUGUAAGAGUACUUAUGUGGUGCCAAGAAAUUAAGCUAAUAAUAAAGCUCAAAUGGUGGUCCAAAACACUAUUGGCAAGAAGAGGAAGCCAAUUCAAUCCCCCAUGGAAGCUCAACGGCGCGAACCCGCCUCGAGGAAAGUACCAAAGUUGCUCUUCUCUUGGCCAAAUAUCAGAUGUUUCAAACCAGGCUGCAGUGUUUGAUGUGGAGGGAGCAUUGUUAAAGUCAUCUGCAAUUUUUCCUUAUUUCAUGCUUGUUGCUUUUGAAGCUGGAGGGCUCUUAAGAGCUCUAAUCUUGUUUCUUCUAUACCCUUUUGUUUGUUUGGUUAGUGAGGAAUUUGGCAUGAAACUUAUGGUAUUCGUAUGCUUUUUCGCGAUUAAAAGGAAAAACUUCAGAGUUGGAAGAGCUGUGUUGCCUAAGUUUUUGUUAGAAGAUGUUGGGAAUGAAGGUUUUGAUAUGGUGAUGAAGUUUAGAAGGAAAAUAGGUGUUACCAAUUUGCCAAGUGUUAUGGUAGAAGACUUCCUUGUAGAAUACUUAGGUGUUGAUGCAGUUUUGGGAAGAGAAUUGAAAGUUGUUUUUGGGUAUUUUGUUGGUCUAAUGGAAGAGAAAAAAAGUGGUGAAAUUGUUUUGAAUAAGAUAUUUGGUGAAGAAAAACUUGAUUCUUCAGUUAUAGGUAUUACUAGCUUAAAAAAAUCAAUUGAUCAACAACUCCUUUCUCAUUGCAAGGUGGUUUACUUGAUAAGUGAAACUGAGAAGAGAAGCUGGAAUGUUCUUCCAAGGAAAAAGUACCUAAAACCAUUGAUUUUCCAUGAUGGAAGAUUGGCUUUCAAGCCUACUUUUAUAGCCACCUUAGAGAUGUUUACAUGGCUUCCUUUUGGAAUUUUUCUUUUCAUAAUCAGAUUAAGUGUUGCCCUUUUCCUUCCUAAUAAUUUACAAGUACCCAUUUUGUCUUUCACUGGAAUGACUGGCACAACCCAAAGUACCCCAAUCGAAAACUCUAAUAUCACAUCAAAAACCAACACCAGAAAAAAACUUAAAGGUACCCUUUAUGUAUGCAAUCACAGAACUCUGCUUGAUCCAAUCUAUGUAUCAAUGGCUAUAAGAAAACCUGUCAUAGCAGUCACUUACAGCUUAAGUAGAAUCACCGAGCUGCUCGCGCCAAUAAAGACUGUUCGGUUAACAAGAAAUAGGGAGAAAGAUUCAGAGAUGAUGGAGAAGUUGUUAAGCCAAAGUGACCUUGUUGUUUGUCCUGAAGGAACUACUUGUAGAGAACCAUACUUACUGAGGUUUAGUCCUUUGUUUGCUGAGUUAACCGACGAAAUUGUACCGGUUGCCUUAGAUUAUCAAGUGAGUAUGUUCUAUGGAACAACAGCUGGUGGUUACAAAUUCUUGGACCCUGUAUUCCUACUAUUGAAUCCAACAACAUCAUGUAUUGUAAAAGCUCAAAAAAAGUUACCAAAAGAGUGUUCUUGUGGGGUUGGUGGUAAAACCAAGUUUGAAGUAGCAAAUUAUGUGCAGUCAAAGAUUGCUGAAGCUUUAGGAUUUGAGUGCACUAACUUGACAAGAAAAGAUAAGUAUAUCAUAUUGGCUGGUAAUGAAGGGAAAGUAUAGUAUUAUGAGUUAUAUAACUCUAAAGGUUUUCUUUUAUCAUUUUACUCUUUAGUUUGUGACUUGUGUCUUGUAAUUCUUACUUUAUAGUUCUAAAAAAGUUAUGAUAUGAUAUCAUAUUCAAUUGUAAUUGGUGUUGGUUCCAUAGAAAAAAAGUGAAAGAGAAAAUUCACAAA